AGAUUCUUAUGUUGAAUAAAACCCACACAAACAAACCCAUCUCUCUCUCUCUCUUCUCUUUCUUUCUCUCUCCUCAACUCAGCUAUGGCUCUUCUCUGCAGAGCUUCAGCUCCAUCCACACUGCUACUACCACCACCACCAACUCCGAUUACUGGAUUCUCAAAUCUCACCUGCUUGGAGAAAUGUUCAUCGGUCGUGAUGAUCGGAGCAAUCGGUCGCCGGAGGAAUAAGCUGAUUCAGACUCGUCGAUUUGCUUUGGUGGAUGAACAAGAUCAGGUUUCGUUUACUCAAGAAGAGAAUUCGCUAAUUGAAGCUCUAGUUGGAACCCAAGGACGAGGCCGCUCUGCUUCUCCUCAACAACUCACUGAUGUGGAGCGAGCAGUGAAGGUUUUAGAAGAUCUAAAAGGUGUGCCUGAUCCGACAAGCUCUGAUUUGAUUGAAGGACGCUGGCAAUUGAUGUUCACCACAAGACCUGGGACUGCCUCUCCAAUCCAAAGAACAUUUGUUGGGGUCGAUUUCUUUAGCGUAAUUCAAGAGGUAUACCUUCGAUCGAAUGACCCUCGUGUCUCCAACAUUGUAAAGUUCUCUGACUUCAUUGGUGAGCUCAAAGUAGAGGCAAUAGCUUCUAUCAAAGAUGGAAAAAGAAUACUUUUUCAGUUUGACAGAGCAGCUUUUUCUUUUAAGUUUUUGCCAUUUAAAUUUCCUUAUCCAGUCCCAUUUAGACUUCUAGGAGAUGAAGCGAAGGGAUGGUUAGAUACCACAUAUCUUUCACCAUCUGGGAACCUUCGUAUCUCAAGAGGAAACAAGGGAACCACAUUUGUGUUACAAAAGAAGACAGAAAUCAGGCAAAAGUUGCUCUCUGCUAUAUCUACAGAUAAGGGAGUUUUAGAGGCAAUCGACGAGCUUAUCUCGACGUAUAAGGAAAAGGGUAUUGGUGAAAUUGAGCUUCAAGAGGGAGAAUGGCAAAUGUUAUGGAGUUCACAGGUAGAAACUGAUAGUUGGUUAGAGAAUGCUGCCAAUGGACUAAUGGGAAAGCAGAUUGUCAAGAAGAACAACGGUCAAAUAAAGUAUUUGGUUGACAUCUUGCUUGGACUUAAAUUUUCCAUGGUUGGCACCUUUGUUAAGUCUGAUACAAACACAUACGACGUUACAAUGGAUGAUGCAGCCAUAGUGGCCGGUGGAUUUGGGUAUCCAUUAGAGCUUGGAAGCAAGUUUGUCCUCGAGCUAUUAUAUAGCGAUGACAAGAUCAGAAUCACUCGAGGAUACAACAAAAUCGUUUUUGUUCAUUUACGCACAGAUGGAACCAACCAAAAAUAGUGAUGAGCUUGAAAGGUAUUUAAAGACCUUCCUCUGGUCCAGGGACUAGGUAAGGUAAGGUAUAAGGGUAAGCUUUCUUUAGACAUUUUCUACCACUAAUAUUGCAGAAUUCGAAUAAUAGUUUUUCCAAAAUAGACAUAAAGGAAACUUUCUCACUUUUAAAAAUUAUAAGGAAAAAAUAAAAUGUGAUUCAACUUUUGGAACCAAAGUAUAUCUUUCUUUAUAAAUAUUAUAACUUGAGAAAGAAGGUUACAAAAGUGUUCUGUUUUAUAUUUAUUUUUGUUAUAUUUUAGAAUAAGUUAAAAAAGAGUAGUAAUGAUAUAUAUAACAACAACAACGUCAAUAGCAUUUGUUCUUUCUAAUAAAAGCAAAAUAUACAAUGAAGCUUCCUAUGAUUCUGAAUAAAAACUUUCUUUUUUACAAAAUCAUAUAUUUAUUCAAUGUUCUUUUCUUGAUAGUUUUCGUAACCCCCAAACCAAAAUCUGGGAUCGACUUUAGAGUACAACCAAACAAGGCUUUAUUUGGCUUCCUUGUACAUCAAGACAACUGGUUUUAUUUUAGACUAGUUAGACUAGGUCACAAUCUAAAGAAAAAGCAGCAAAGUUAAUUUGGUCAAGUUUUAUGAUAAGAGAGUUAAUUAACAUUACAAGGCAUAUGAACUAACUUAUUAAACAAGAAGGGUUAUUAGACAAGUCAAAGAAGGAUAACUUGAACCAAAUCUUAUUGGAUAAGUACUAUUUUGAUCUUAUGUUUGCAAAAAUAUUACUAAUAGGAUAGGACCUAUAAUGAUUUGUGUGAAAUAAAAUUUAACAAUAUCCCAAUAAAAAAAUAUUAUGAUAAAAUUAGUUAUGUUUUAUUUUUACGUUUAUGUUAAAAAAAAUUAUCAAAAAUUAAAUUCAGUCAAAUACAGAAUUUAUUUUGUCAUUUAACAAAAUAGAAAUUCCAAUUAAUAACUUGUAUUAGGUAUUAACCCAAUCUUAUUUAACAUGCUAGAAUAAUAGAGCUAAAAUAUCAAUAAGCAGAGAGAAUGGUCAAAAACAGCAAAUAUUAUAAAAUGAAAAAUGGUUCCAAACAAUCCACAUCCCAAAUUAAUAUUAUAAUGGAUUUGAACCAAGAAUAAAUGGCUGCUAUGAUGAAUGUUACUCUCCUCCAUAGUCAAAGCAAGUGUUCCUUCAUAGAGUUCCCCUGGAAAUAUUAGUAGAUUUAGUCAAAUUUCCCAAAAACAAUAAAUUAUACAAAGAAAACAUACGAGGGAUCAAAAUGUUGAAAAGUGAAUGAAAAAUAGUACAGGUCAAAAAAAUACAAGACCAUCCACAAUUUUCCUCAUUAGGAAAAUAAUAAGCUUACCGGGCCAAGAAAGGGUUGCCGGACACCGAAACCUUUCUGGAUUUCCACUUCAAUAUAUUGUAGAAUCUGUAAUCAUGCUGAAGAUCUCAAAUAGCAAAGUUUUAAGUUCAUCCUCAGAUGAUAGUGAUACUACUUCUAAAGAUAAGAAACUGCAUAAUAACUUGGUUAAAGUAAACCAAGUCACUUAUGAAGGCCAUUUGACAACAAAGUUAGCAAAGCAAACAUAUUGAAGUGUUCUAACAUACUUCGAGAUUCGAUUCAUAUGAUCCUGAGAGCUUUUGUUCCAGGAAAUCCAUCUCAUCCUGAAGGGCCGAUAAUAUUUCUCAACUUGAGACUGUAUAGUUUCCAAGAUAAAACUUGGAUAUACUUACUUGCCAAUCUCAACUAGAACUUGCAAAAAAGCUCUUCAUGCUCAGACCCAUCAAUCAGACUAGAAAAAAACAAACAAAGAUAUACAUAAACAACAUUAAGGCAUUCCAUAAAUUUACAAUUGUAAAACAACACCAUAUGAGGGAUACAACCUUUUUUAAAAUUCAAACACCAGCAGUUUCAAUCAAUCAAUUACCCCAAAAUGCAGGUCAGGCCAAGUAACUAAAGCCCUUAUAAACAACACAAGACAUGUCAAACAAAAAGUAAGAAAUCAGUAGUACAUUAAUAUAAUAGGCUAUUAGGUACUAGUAGUAGUAGUAGAUAGUGUUCUUACAAUUUCACAAAGUUCAUAAUAAAACUUCAAAAGCAAUUAAAAAAAAAAAGCAAACCUACUAAGAAAAUUUAAAAACAAAACCCUACAUAUGUUUGUUUAUUCCCCCUAUCAUUAUUGCUAAGGUAGAAUUUGGAGAACAAAGCCAGUUCUUACGAAAAUGUAAUAUCCUCAUUUACAUAACAAAAGGCAUCAUCAUCAUCAUCAUCAUCAUCAUCAUAUUAUGUCCAGAACUCGAAAAGCAAAAUAUUCCGAAAUCCAAUUGGGUUAUCUGUUCAGAAGAUGCAGACUUACAUUAAUCCUCUUCAUCAAUGCUCUUCUUCUCCGAACAAGUACCAUUCUCCACCGCCAUCGCCAUCUCCGAGUUACCCUUUUCUUCUUCUUCUUCCUCCUCCUCGAUUUCGGCCACAGCUUCUUCUGCUCCUUCCUCCCCAGUCUUAACAGCAACCUGUUCUUCAUCCUUAGUCUCAGCAACAAUGUCAUUGUGUCCCAAUUCUUCCAUUUCCUUAGAAUCGCCAUCGAAAUCUCUACUCCCUUCAUGUCCAGACAAAUCAGGAGCACCAGAACCACCAUCACUCUCAUUCUCAGAUUCAUUCUCAACAACUUCUUCAUGAACAUCACCAACAACACCAUGAUUAAGAUUACUCUGUCUCUCAAGAAACUGAAGCCUUCUUCUAAAAUCACUCAACUCCCUUUCCAUCAAAAAAAGCCUUUCUUUCAAUGUUAAAUUCUCUUCCUCUAAUUGAGCUAUAUGGGUAUCUUGAUCAUCAACUCUAUUCUCCAAAACAUUAUUAUAAUCCAUUCCACUGUAAUUAGGGUAAAUCAUCUCAAACCUACUCAAAUCAUGAUCCAAUCUUCUCUCAACUUCAACAUGUUCUUCAACAUCACUCUCACCUUCUUCAUCAUCAUCUUCAUCUUCAUUAUCAUUCCCAGGUGAACGAAGCCUAAUCAAACCCUUCAUAGAACCAUACCCAUCAACACCCCAUUCUUCCUUAGCCAUAUCACCUAAAAUCUCCCUCGACGGAGAAAAUAUCGGCGUCGGAAGAACCGCCGGAGUAACCGGACAUGGAGAAACCAAAGAAGCUAUUCCGCCGGAUUUCUUAGCACGGAUUAUGAAAGAUGUUGUGUUUCUAGGCGCAUAAGGUGCAAAUCUAUUGUUGAACUUCUUUUUUGGAUAGAAUUUCCUGGCUUUUAAUCGAUUCUGUGACUGUAAUUCGUGAAGAGUUGGAGGUUUAUAACUGUUCGGACCACUAGGAAGAACUGGUUCGUUUCUUCUUGGAUCUGAAUUUUUCUUUCCUUUCCAAUUGUUUCUUCCUCCUCCUCCUUGAUUUUGAGCAGAGAAAUUUGGCUUCGAUGAAUUCUGAAACUUGUCUUGCUUCUGUUGAUUUUGCUGGUUUUGUUGUUGUUGUUGUUGAGAAGACCAAACCUUAUUAUAGCCAUGGCGAAGAGGAAGAGGUUGUUGAGAUUGACCUGCUGACAUCAUCUGAGACUGAUUCAUCAGAGGUUGAGAAGAAGAAGACUGAUUCAUCAUCAUCAUCUGAGAUUGUUGAUUCAAACUCAUCAUUUGAGCCUGAUUCAUCAUCUGAGAUUGAUCGUUCAUCUUUUUCUUUUCCCCCAAAAUCUGAAAACCCUAAAAAAAAAAAAAAUCUUGAAAUUUUCCAACGGAAUCCAAAAUGUUAUUAGAUGUAAUUUUAAGAUGGGAGAAUCGUGAAAUUUUUAUGAUAUAUGGCCUUUAAAAUUUUCCUUAGAAUCUUUUAUGAUAAAAUUUUCUCGGGAAAAUUUGAGUUCUUCGUUUUUCUUUGAGAGCGAAUCUUUUGAUGCCGUUUAAAGU